AUGGUGCGCUAUUCACUCGACCCAGAAAACCCCACAAAAUCAUGCAAAUCAAGAGGUUCAAAUCUUUGUGUUCACUUUAAGAACACUCGUGAGACUGCCCAGGCCAUAAAGGGUAUGCAUAUCCGAAAAGCCACCAAGUAUCUGAAGGAUGUCACUUUAAAGAAGCAAUGCGUGCCAUUCCGUCGUUACAAUGGUGGAGUUGGUAGGUGUGCACAGGCCAAACAGUGGGGCUGGACGCAGGGUCGGUGGCCCAAAAAGAGUGCUGAAUUUUUACUACAUAUGCUCAAAAAUGCAGAGAGUAAUGCUGAACUUAAGGGCUUAGAUGUAGAUUCUCUGGUCAUUGAGCACAUCCAAGUGAACAAAGCCCCCAAGAUGCGGCUCAAGACUUAA